UCAGACAAAGACAUGAGGUGCGCCAACCUUCGUCGUACGGUAGCAGAGUUUUGACCGUUCUGGCAUUUUUCUCACUACCGGUAUCCCGCAACCAAUUGGUAACUUUCCCUCCCCUGUAAAGGUUAGAAUGGAAUACUAUUCUCAUCACUAGCACCAUGGCACAACGCAGAAAGAGCAUCCUUUCAGCAACCUCGCCAUUUCGGUGGCAGGCUGCCUUGUGUUAUCUUGCAUUCACGAUAACGUUUCUGUUGAGCAAUACGGUCCCCUAUGCCCCGUUCAUGGCUAUCACCCUCCUUCCAAACCAUGCCAACGCCGAGAACGUGGGCAAGUACUCCGCCUUUUUCACAUCUUGUGUCAUUUGGGGUCGAUCUGCUGGUGCAGGCAAAUGGGGCCGAAUGGCUGAUACCAGAGGGAGAUUGCAGGUUCUAUACAUCAAUCUGAUCAUGUCAACCAUGUUCACGUUGGCAUUUGGUCUUUCAAACAAUUACUUUGUUGCCUUGGCGACAAGAUUCUUUUUGGGCUUGUUUUGUGACAUUGGGUCCAUCACCAAAGUCUGUGUCUCGGAAUUGGCAGGGAAAGAUCGUGAACUGGAAGCCAAAUCAAUGAAUCUUGUGGUGCUAGCCUGGGCCCUUUCCAGUUUGCUCUCGCCCGCCAUUGGGGGAGUUUUGGCAGACCCUGUCAAGCAGUUUCCAGAUGCUUACAUAUUACAACAGGACCCAGUUGUACAUGAGUUUCUCCUGCAAUACAAGUACUUUUUACCGAAUCUAGUUGGUGCCAUAUUGUGCCUCAUCGGAGUUCCCGUUGUCAAGUUCAACCUAAGAGAAACUUUGACUGAUCAGGAUGAGGAUGCUCCGACAGGAGAAGAAGAAAAGACAGAGGAAGACCCGUUGAUUGGUCCUGGUUUAGGCGAAUCCUACGUGUUGUCACGAGAGGCAAUCCAGAUUGCCAAAGCUCAAGAUGACGAAGAUGCCCUCCUAAGGGAUGCCUACGUCUUGACGGAUGACUUUGAAGGUGUAAUGACAACGGCGCAAUCACGUCAUGCCAUUUUUGUCUCCAACAAAUCAUUGAUGCACGAGGAGGAGGACAACAAUCAACAAGAGUCCAACAACGGAGACGACGACAGCACAAAUGCUGGAAGACCACCAUCGACGCUCGGCUUUCUCUGUAAUUGCAACAAUCUGUCUCAUCUGAUCGUGUAUUGUCUGGGUCUGUUCCUGAUUCAAUUCAACACAGAGGCAUUUCCUCUCUUUUGUUUGAGUCAAACGUCGGGACUAGGACUUGACGAAAGUACUAUCGGUGGGAUCAUGAUGGCCAGUGGCCUCAUCCAUUCACUAUUGCAACCCAGCAUUUAUCAUUGUGUAUUUGCUCGCCGAGGUCUCAAAGGAUCCAUCAAGUGGGCUGCCACUGCGGCAAUUCCGAUGUUCUUUCUUGUUCCCUUCGCUUUGCUGAGUAAGAAAGUGGGCCCCGAUCAUCAUUUGAGAUGGAUGGAAUUGGUUUACUUGGGCGUCAUUGGAGGGCUGGCAAAAAUCUUUACUGUGACAUUUUUCAGCAGCAUCUCGGUUUCCAUGAAUCGGUUAGUUCCAAGAAAGCAGCGUGCUACGUUCAAUGGAUUAUUGACCAAAAUAGCAGGAACUUGCAAGGGCAUGGCACCGAUCAUGGCAGGAUUCUUUACCGCAUUUGCAUUUUCAUCUCGCUUUUUGCCUCCUUGGUGGUGGGGACGAAGGUGGUGGGGUGGAGUGCUGCUCUAUUCUACCAUGGGAUGGAUGUCCAUCUGCUUGGCAUUCCUGUCGUUUCUCCUGCUGGGACGUGAUGAGCCACAUUGAGUUCACAGCGGUGGUUGCGGUGGUGUGUCACUCUAGGACAGGCAGAAGAAAAGAAAUGAAAGGAGCUGUAUGAAUGAUAAGAGCCGAACCCAGAGUGAUGACCAAGACUUGACUGCAAAUCCAACACCCUGUCCUGCCUUCACCAGUGCCUUUCAACCUGUGAACCCUGGUCAAAUGAUUGCUGAGCUUGCAUGUGGUCUAGCAAGUCAGCAUCGUGUACACUCGUAUCAUUUGCUUUGCAAAUCACCUUUCUAGCUAGACAUGUAAUCUUGAUAACUUUCUAAACUGGUACCGUAGCACCACUUGGUGGCCUUGAGUGCUGC